AUAUGAGUAAAAAUAGCUUCUAAAUAAGAUUGAAGACUAACAAACUUCAAAAACUCUGAUCGUGUCGUAUGAAAUUAAAGGGAGUAAUGAAUCUAAUAAUGGAUUGAGCUAGGCAUAUCUUUUAGGUGAUUGUUGAGCACCCACUCCAGUGCAGCUGAAGUCCUUGGAUCCGCCCCCCUUUCGGCCGGGCCUUUUUCUGGACCCAUGUUCAUCGGAUCACCGGGAGUCUCCUCUACUCUCUCACCUCCUCGGACCACUGUGGGCAGUACAGCCGGUUCCCCCUUGGCAGACCUGGUACACAACAUCUCUCAUGAGGCUACUAAUGUCACCAAUAUUGUUACCGCAAAGCUCCUCGCAUGGAAGACUAUACUACUUGGCGUACCCAGUUUGAGUCCUUUCUUGUCUCACAAGGUCUUCUUGGCAUGGUUGACGGCUCCAUUCAGGUACCUCCUUCUUAUUCCAUAGAUAUGCUCAACCGUCAAAUUCACAAGCCCGCUUUUUCUAUUUGGCUACGAAUUGAUCAAACAAUUCGCUCAUGGUUAUUUGCCACUCUUUCUCGUGAUGUUCUCAUUGAUGUUCGGGAUUUAAAACACCCUUGUGAAAUUUGGGAACGGUUAGAGUCUCGGUUUAUGUCAGUCAGUUUGGCCAGAUCUAUGGAAUUAAAGCGCUUAUUUUCUCAAAUUAAAAAGAAACCUGAUCAAUCUAUGAAUAAUUAUUUACGGGAGAUUAAAAUUUUGGUUGAUGAUCUUGCUACAAUUAAUUGCCCUGUCCCUCCUCGUGAAGUGCUCAAAACUACUAUUAAGGGGUUGGGACCUGAGUAUGAGUCCCUGUUCACCACUGUCUCGCUUUCCCCCCAAAAUUUUCCUUUUGAGACCCUACGCAAUCAUCUUCUUGAGCUAGAGCAGCGGGUUCUCUACCUUCGCUCCCACGAGUAAUCAUCAAUGCACCAGGCCUUCGGUGCUAUUGCCACGGGGUUCCAGCCGGUGGGCCAGCAGCCGCAGGGACCUCAAUAGCCGGGAACACAUCAGCAGCGUCCACACGGCCAGCCACAACGCGGCCGCGGUCGUGGCAGGGGACGCGGUGGUCGUGGACGAGGACAGCAGGGGGUUCAAUAUGGGCAGCCCAUGUAUUGGUAUCCGCAGCAGGGCCAGCCGGGCUAUGCCCCGACAGGGGGUGCUCCUUCGGUUCCAGCCAGGUAUUCUUCACAUGCAGGGGGUGUGCCGACUACGGGUCAUUCUGCGGUUACUUGUCCCUCUCGCUUCACUCAGCCGUCCAGUCCAGCUCUGUUGACUACUCCUGGAGAGUCUAACCCCGCUUUAUGGUAUCCUUAUUCGGGGGCCUCAGCUCACAUGACUGCAUCCGAAGGUAUUUUACAAAAUAAAUCUGUUUACAUUGGCUAUAAUUCUGUUAGUGUUGCUAAUGGUGCCCAUUUAUCCAGUUGUCAUGUUGGUGAUGUUGCAUUACCUUCUUCUGGUCGUUCUCUCACCCUAAAAUCUGCUUAUCAUGUGCCUCAGUUAAAAUAUAAUUUAAUUUCAAUUCAAAGACUUUGCGCAGAUAAUAACUGUACUCUCAUUUUUGAUAAAAAUUCUUUUUUUAUUAAGGACAAAGCCUCGGGGGCAACUCUUCUGCGAGUUUCCAGUAGUGGACCACUCUAUCCUCUGCAUCUGCCAUCAUCUCCAUCCUUAGUUUUAGCUUCGGUUUUAGCUUCUGGCCCUAUGUGGCACCGUAGAUUAGGUCACUGUGGAGAUAGUAUUUUGCAAUUUCUUAAACGUCGACAAUUCUUA